GCUUGUAACCAUACAUGUUCUAACGGCCAAAAUCCCCAAUACUGGAUUCCAUAGAGGUUAUGUUUACCGGUUAAUUAUUUGUCUUUGUCAACAGAAAUAUAUACGUGAAUGUUUUUUCUACUUCAAUUUUUGAGUUAAUUCAGAACUCAUGGGAAAAAUAAUCACCGAAAAUGUAAUAUUGGUGCGAGCAACGGAGAAUAUGUUGAAAUUUCGUAAACAAACCAAUUUCAACUUUGCAAUUCAGGAUUUUUCUCUGUCAUUGAAACAUGAAAGAAGGCUUUAUUGACUCUAAAAAAUAAAAAUGGAUACUGGUGACAUCGAAGUUGACGACAGUGGACACAGCGACACUAUAAAUGAAUCCAACAAUGUGGAUUCUAUCGAUUUGGACAAGGCUGAUCUCGAUGCCAUGAAAGGUGACACUAUCGGUGACACAGUGUAUAGUGGAAAAUGGAUUUUAAAAACUCUCAUCGCACUGUCCAAGGUUUACGAGAAUGAGUGGUCAGGGAGUCUUGAAAGCGAUCUCUGCACACUAUGGGACAUGACUGCUGAAAAAGAUGUUGUAUUUUUUCUCAAGGAUAACGAUUUUUUGAAAAUUGCUGAAUUUACCUUAGAAAUAUCUAAGGAACCACGUUUGACGGAAAUAAUUAUCGGUAUUAUUGGCAACAUGUGUUGUCAACCAGCAAUACUCGAAACAGUGGCAAAUUCUGAUAAUUUAACGUUGAUAAUGUUGGGUCUCCUCUCAACCAAUGACAUCGAGACACUAUUACAAAUUCUUCGAUUGCUACAAAGCGUCGUUUGGAAUAUACAGGAAAAUCCAGAAACAAAGUGGCUCAGGCGCUUGUUAGAUUGUCAAUUUCUUGGCGAUGGUCUUUGCUUCAUUCUCCAAAGUUCAACAAAUGAAAAUCUUUUGAGUGCAGCUGUAGACUUGCUCAACGCAAUUUCGAAUAUUGAAACGGCUGAAAAGGGAUGUUUGCUCAUGGAACUCACGAAAAUAAAUCAACUCGUACCAGCUCUGAUAGAAUCUUUUAUGCAGUUUAUCCCCAAAAAAGAUAUGACACAUUCGCGUCUCGAUUUGAAAUUCAUCGAGAAUUGGCUCACUAUAUUUUCCAAUAUAAUGCAAUCGCAGAUAGAAAUAUUCUCGAGAGAAUUGGACGAUGAUAAAGUCGUAAAUAUAAUGCAAGUCCUUUUGAAAAUAUUGCAACCAUACGUAAAUCCGAGUAAUUUGUUGCCCCUGGAUGAGCGACUCGCACUUUGCAUACAUGAUUGCGUCGUUAUGACUUCUUGGUUUCGACGAAAUAAAAAUUACACGGAUUCGAAAAUAACUUCUGUUGUUGUUACGAUAAUGCAUCAACUUCGUCAUGCUAUCAAGGAAGAUUCAAAAAUGGAUGGAUUCAUUGAAUUAGAAGAAACAAAAGAUCUUGCUAAAUAUUUGGAAAAAUAUUGGCUUGUAAACCUACACGAAUGUCAGGAACACGAUAUUUUGGAAAUGCUUCAAUUGUGCGAGGAAUCCGUCAUUCAAAGUCUAAUGGAUGUAGCUAAGGAAUAUUCGACUGAAUUCCCCGAUGCCAUUGACAAACUGAUCCGAGUUCAAUCUCUGUGACUCGAACAGUAGUUUACCACAUAAAUUUAGCAAUACGAUUUAUUAUAAAAUAAUAAAUAUAUCAAUAUUUCGACAGAAAAA